AACACCACCGAUACUUUUUAAUAUUUCUUUUAUCGUUAUAUGUAGAACUCGAUAUUUAGCCUGAACUAGAUAAGAGGAUGCUAAAAACUUCUAAUCUUUUAGAAAGCGAUGGACACAAAAUGGAGAACCAUAAACAAAUUGUUGGCUAAAUCUAUAAUUCCCCAAAUAUGAUCCAAUCUCUAAAACGGCUGAUUGUGAUUACUCUCUCAUUUUCAUCACCAACUAAUCAAAUAAUUCAAACAUUAAUUACGUAUUUCUAUUUGCCACUAUUCAAAUCUAUAUAUUCUUCUCCCAAUAACAACCAUCUUAGUCUUAUACAUACCCAAUCACGUGACUCGCACGCCUUUAUUUUCUCUCUCUCUCAUGGCUUCGCCGGCAACCGACCCCGACGAGCCUCUAACUCCGGCGGGAAGACUAUUUCUCCGACAAGAAAUGAACCAAAUAAUCCAUUGCAUCAUCGGAGUAAAAAACCCGUUCGACAUUGAAGCCGUCAAGUCCCAGAUCCGAGACUCUUUCUUACUAAAACACCCUAGAUUCUGCAGCCUCAUGGUCGUUGACCGGUACGGACGCGAGCGGUGGCGGAGGACCGACGUUGACCUCGAUCGCCACCUCAUCGUUAUCGAUUCUCCCGUGAACUCAUCAGAUUCCUCCGCCGGCAACGGCGAUGAAGCUGCUGUUAACGAGUACCUGGCGGAAAUGUCAACCGGGUCGAUUCUAAGCCCGGAAAAACCGCUUUGGGAGAUUCAUUUGCUGGUGGCUCACAAGUGCGCCGUGUUCCGAAUUCACCACGCGCUCGGGGACGGUAUUUCGUUGAUGUCGAUGCUGGUGGCCGGUUGCCGGAAAGUCGGGAAACCGGAGGAGGCGGCGAGCAUGGGUAUGGUUGUUAGUAAGAAAAAGAAAAGAAAGGAUAAUUGGUGGGAAUAUUAUUGGUAUGGGAUUGUGAGAUUGAUUGGUGUGAUUUGGUUUAGCUUUGUGUUUGUGGUGGAGUUUGUGAUGAAGCUGAUGUGGGUUUCUGACCGUAAAACGGUGAUAAGCGGCGGCGAUGGGGUUGAGCUUUGGCCACGUAAGCUGGCUACUGCUAGGUUUCGUUUGGAUGAUAUGAAGAUCGUUAAGAAAGCCAUCCAUGAUGCUACCAUAAAUGAUGUUCUCUUUGGGGUGAUAUCAAGUGGACUAUCAAGAUAUCUCGAUCAUCGAACACCUAAUGCUGUGCAAGAGGGUAUUCAACUUACAGGUCUAGCCAUGGUAAAUUUGAGAAAACAGUCUGGACCCCAGGAGCUCUCACAAUUGAUGGAAAAAAAUUCAGAGUCUCAAUGGGGAAAUAAAUUUGGGUUCCUUAUGAUACCCAUCAAGUACCAUAAAACUACUGGUACUGAUCCUUUACUAUAUGUUAGAAGGGCCAAGGUGAUGCUAGAUCGGAAGAAACAAUCUCUCGAGGCUCAUUUUUCUUAUAAAGUUGCUGAUUUUGUGAUGGGAUACUUAGGAUCAAAUGUUGCUGGUUUCCUUAACUACAGGAUCAUUUGCAAUACUAGUUUUACCAUAUCCAAUGUGGUUGGGCCACAAGAGGCUAUUGCAAUGGGAGAUAACCCUAUAACUUACAUGAGAGUGAACUCAUCCAGUCUACCUCAUGCACUGACUAUGCACAUGUUGAGUUAUGCUGGAAGAGCUGAUAUGCAAAUUUUGGUGGCUAAAGAUAUAAUCCCAGACCCUGAAUUCCUUGCUAAGUGCUUUGAAGACUCUUUGCUUGAAAUGAAGGAGGCAGCCUCGGCCAUUAUCAAAAGUAUCUGACAAUCUGACAUACACACAUACACUGAUAUAUAUGUAUCGGUAAUAAUUAGGACUCUUUUAAAUAUUACUAUCAGCUACUUUAAAGUGUUCAACUUCAACAUAAUUGGCGCUUCUAACCGUUUUGUAUAUCACUUGUUAAACUAAAAUAUACAGAAGAAACCUGAUAUUAAAUU